AUGUUGCCGAGGAAAAGAAGUGCGAUGCUGCUCAGCUUUGUAGUCGCGAUGGUGAUCCACCAGACGGAACAGUAUGGCUCCGGAGCUCCGUCAGGGGCCUGUAUAGACCAGACGCCGAGACACGAGUCUAUCCCGGCGCAGUCAUCGACACCUCCCUACAUCAUCCUGACAUCGACUGCACAAGUGAGGCAGGGAGACACUCUGCAGGUGACAGUCGGCAGCCCUGCGGGGGCUCCGCUACCCAUCGGAGGGUUCAUCUUACAGGCUCGACAGAUACAGAACCCAGACGUGAUAGUAGGCAAGUUUGUAGGCGUACCAGACACAACUAUGACCCACGUGACCACAUGUAGCAACCCCAACGACACGGUGACACACUCCUCGCCCGAGGACAAACCUGCCAUGACCUUCCAAUGGCAAGCACCUACUGACUUCCUUGGAGGAAUUGAAUUCAGAGCGACCGUGGCCCAAAGCUACGCAACUUUCUGGAAGAAUGUGGAGUCUCCUUUAGUCGAGGUGGUGACUCCCGACACAGUAACCAGCGCCCCCGCUGCCGCUGCACCAGCCACUACUAGGGCAACGCAACCACCGCCCGUCAUCAUGGAGAGCAAGCCCAAACAAGAAGCAGCACCCCUCGACGUGGUCUACCAGGGCUGUUCUGACACGAAACUAUGCUUUGGAGUACCACAGAACUGCGUUACCAAAGGCGACUGCAAAGCUGUACUAGCAGUAUUUGUUUCGGGAGACCGAUACACGUUUGAACUGCAGGCCGUUGGCAACCCUAAGUAUGUAGCAGCUGGUCUAAGUACUGACAAUAAGAUGGGUGACGAUAGCGCCAUGGAAUGCGUGAGGAAUGACAAUGGGAGAGUAAGCCUCUUCACUUCGUGGACUUAUUCUAAGGUUGAUCCCUAUGUAAGCCGUUCUGACUCGCCUCAAGAGAUCGUGCAGCUUCAGGAGUCGUCUGUGAUCGAUGGCAAACUGUACUGCAAGUUCAGAAGAGACGUGGUGUCUGUUGUGCAAGGCAAGACGUUCGACCUCGCCAACUCUAUGUACAAUUUGAUGGUGGUCGCUGGCAGUGAGAUGAAAGAUGCGAAUCGCGUGGGAUUCCACGACUUGGCGUACGAAGCGACCGGUACUCCAAUGUCGCUGGCUACAGUGGGCACCGCGGCUGGUAGCUCCAAGCUACUGCUCAAACUACACGGCAGCUUCAUGUUGCUAGCUUGGCUGGGCACUGCAUCGCUUGGUAUACUGCUAGCUCGCUACUUUAGGCAGACUUGGGUCGGCAAGCAGCUCGGCGGCAAGGAUAUCUGGUUUGCUUACCAUCGUAUCUUCAUGGUACUGACGUGGCUGCUGACUGUAGUCGGGUUCAUUCUGAUCCUGAUCGAGGUGGGCGGCUGGUCCACUACUGGAGACAACCCUCACGCCAUCACCGGCAUCGUCACGGUUAUCCUGUGCUUCAUACAACCUAUUGGUGCAUACUUCAGGCCGCACCCGGGCACUAAGACCAGGCCGGUCUUCAACUGGGCGCACUGGCUGCUCGGGAACUCCGCUCACAUUCUGGGAAUCGUGACGAUCUUCUUCGCGGUGUACCUGCAGAAGGCGGAGCUCCCCUCGUGGAGCGUGUACAUACUCGCUGCCUUCGUCGCCUUCCACGUCAUCAUGCAUCUUGUGCUCACUUUGACGGUGUGUGUAUCGGACGGGCGUAUUAGCAACGGACGCAUCAACGCGUUCCCCAUGAAGGACAUGCUCGGACAGACGCGGCAGGCCACGCAGGUCGACCGCAGCACUGAUGCUCCGUUCUCAAGGUUCAGACGGCUGCUCCUCGGAGUCUACACGCCCGUAGUACUGAUAUUCGCGAUCGCUAUGGUCUGCCUAGUAGCCCUCGCUCCCAUCACAGAAGUAUACGACACGAUCAUGGGUGCUUGA